UGACAGGAAGUGUCUCCUCGCUGGGUUUUCAGUUUGUUCGAGCAGCUGCCAAAGUCAAAACAGCAAACUGAGUUUUUGCCAUCAUUACUUUGCAUAUGUACACAAUUUGGAUGAUCAAGUUUGCACACUGUUUUUGAAAAAUAUUAUCACAACAUGACUUCUGGAAGUUUGAGUUUUGGUCAAGACAUAAAUCAAGAAGAGUUGGACUUUGCUGAUCUGUUCUUGUAUAAUCCUCCUGCAGAAGAUUUUCCAGGAUGUGAUACAGUUCCUCCCCUUCAGAACACCAACCAACCUCCUUUGUUAGCGGUCGACAAUCAAUCUACGUACGUCUCCACUUCAAAUGAGACAUCCUCAGCUCAGAACCUCUCUUCUAAUAGUCUUGCCACAGAAACUCUUUCUGUGGAAGGCUUUGAAACUCCAGGUCUCACAUCAAGACCAGGAAACAUUCCUGCUCCCAGCCCAAGGAUUGAGAUCACACCUUCAGGUGAUUCUCUCAGCUCUCAAAACUUAGAGCCCAGCUCUGGUUCCAAAGCUCUGGGAAUCUACAGGGAGUGUGUGAGCCCUGCCAGCAGCAACUCCUCCACAGGCUGGCCGGCCGAGACAUACUCCCCUUUAGCUUCACCAUGCGUUUCCCCUAAUGGUGGUGCUUGUGGAACCGGGUUGUCAGCCUUAGACCUGUGUCCAGGCCUCCAAGCCAUCCACACUUCUUCAGCCCACUCCUCUCCUGGAGCCUCACCACGUACAAGCAUCACAGAGGAGACCUUUCUCUUGCCACAGCACCAGCGCACCACUUCACCGCUUCCCCAUCAGCGCUCCAGGUCUUCCUCACCAAAGGGGAAGCGUACUUAUGACCAGGUCCAUUCAUGUCAAGGGAUCAGUCCUGUUCAGCAGCGUUCGCGGAGUCCCAGCCCUAAACCCUCACCUCAUGAACAGCAGGGAACCUACUAUGUUCACAACUACCAGGCACAAGAUGAGUUUCAUCAUCAACCUCAGACAUCCUCCAUGGGACUGGAGGAGAUCCUGAGCAGUCUCAAUGCCAGUCUACCUAGAGAAAAGGCAUGUGCCAUGGUGCACAGUGGAUAUAGUCAAGCUCAGGGAACGGACUGUGUGUAUGGAGAUGGGUAUGACUGGAAUGCCAAGCAAGACUGGACAGGCAGGGUUGGAGCUGAGUCCAUGUCUGAGAUCUUUUAUAUGGUCCCAACUGUAUGGCCUCCUCCUCCUCAUCCAGCCCUCCAUGGCACAUUAAGUGGUCUGUCCGUUGCCCCACUUCCAUCUUUAGAGUGGCCUUUACCCAGUAGGUCCAGUGAGUAUGAACUACUUAUCCAACAGCAACCUCGAUCUCACCACAGAGCUCACUAUGAGACUGAGGGCAGCCGAGGAGCUGUCAAGACAUCCAACGGAGGAAAUCCGGAAGUUCAGCUCCGUGGGUAUCAAGGUACAGCACCACUGGGUCUGCAGGUCUUUAUAGGGACGGCUGACGAGAGGCUCCUGAAGCCUCACGCCUUCUACCAGGUUCACCGUGUUACAGGAAGGACUGUUAACACACCCAGCAGGGAGAGGACGAUUAAUGGGACCAAAGUUUGGAGAUCCUUCUCGACCCCGAAGAACCAUAUGAGAGUGGUGAUUGACUGUGUAGGGAUUCUAAAGCUGAGGAACGCCGACAUUGAACUGAGGAAUGGUGAGACAGACAUUGGACGAAAAAACACGCGAGUACGUUUGGUGUUCCGCAUCCACGUUCCGCAACCGGGAGAACAGCUUGUGUCUCUUCAAGUGGCAUCUGACCCUAUUGAAUGCUCUCAGCGUUCAGCUCAGGAGCUUCCUGCAGUUGAGAGGCAGGACCUGGACAGAUCCUCAGUACUUGGAGGACAACAAAUGGUCCUGACUGGACAGAAUUUCACCUCUGACUCCAAGGUGAUCUUCUCAGAGAAAACACAAGAUGGGCAGCAGAUCUGGGAGGUGGAAGCGACUGUAGACAGAGACAAAACUCAAGCUAACAUGCUAUUUGUGGAAGUCCCUCCAUAUCGAGACCCAACCAUCUGCCAUCCAGCCAAAGUCAACUUCUACGUGAUCAAUGGGAAGAAGAAACGCAGUCAGCCACAGCACUUCAUCUACACUCCCAUGAUAGCCAUUAAAGCAGAACCACUGGAUGAAUAUCAGCUAAAUUCUUACGGUUGUUUAGACCAUCAGUCUUUGGGAAUGUCAAUGAAGGAGUCACUGUGCCAUCGCCUGGCACAAGACAGCAGCUUUCAAGCAUUGCAAGUUUCUCCAGCAUUAUAUCAUCGACCCAACCUUGACCCCAGAGCCCAUAGAGUAAUCCCAGAAGUUUACCAGUCCAGAGCUGAUACUCUAGUCAGCAGCCCAGCGCUGUAUCACACUGGAAACCAACGUUACACCAACUGUGGUGUCACCUGCUUCACUUCUCCUUCACUUGCUUUCCACCCUACCAACACCUCCACUGCCAACCAGUGUGUCAGUCCCAGAACCUCUGCGGCCAAACUGAGUGAAGACCCGCCCAUUGCUGAUCCAUUUGAGGCAUGUUUAGUGUCAAGGCAUCACAGUUUCUCCCACACAGUGCUUCCACUAGGAAAGUCUCCGCCGUCCAGGUACUUCCAAGGUGAUGCUGAAGGGGAGGUGGGAUGCAGGUUGGAAUCUGACUGCCAGCUUCCAACACAGGGCUCAAAUCGAGUGGACCGUGUGAUACCAGCUCCCCACAGGAUUGCAGUCAAACAGGAAAAUCUCAGCUAUGCCUACCUGGAAGAUGUGAAUGACAUCAUACGACGAGACCUGAAGGGCCACAGUGGGGAGUGACCUUUGAACCCCAGAAGCAUUGAUAUCUGCUACAGUUACAGUUUCAACAGCCAUCUGUGGAUCUCAAGCUCAAGAUUUCAAGUGAUGAUUGUUGCAAAAGAAGAUUACACCAGACAGACUUACAACAAAAUUAAAAAUUUCAAACAGAGGGGUGGCAAACCUUAUACCCAAAAAAUAGAAACUUCAGACAAAAGGCUUACAGGAUCAAGACUUUAUUUGUUGAUCCAUUGUGGGAGAGGAAGUGGGCCGUGAAAUAAAGUCUCAAAACCCUGUAUGACUGUUGCUAUCCCAUCUAUAUGUCAAAUAGCAGCUGUAGUAUUUAGAAUAUAGUGUACUUAAAUUGUGUCCUUGUUUCAUUAUAUAUGCAAAUUGCAUCAUGUAAAAAAGUUUUAUAUUAUAAGAUUUUAAUAUAAAUGAAUGUGUUUGCAUUUGAAAACAUCAUCUAGUGGAUAAAUAAACUACUUGUGCAAACAUG